AUGCACGCGCCACCACAGCCGCCGCCGCCACCUCGCACGCACUACCAGUACAUGCACUCCUUCGAAUGCCGCUGCCUGCUAUCCAGGAAAAUGCUCCGGUUAUACGGCGCUGACACGGUUCCAGUGAUUGUAGAGCCGACGGAGAGCCAUCUUCGACUGUCGCCGUCGCCGCCCUCCCUGCACGGAGAGUCCAAGCCAUCCGCUGGUUCAGCAGGCGGCGUCGGUGGCUACGCACAGCACGGGCAGCUCUCCUCCGGUGGCCGCGCCGGUGCGGGUGUCACGGCGUCCUCGACCGCAUCACCCUUUACUUCUCCCUCAGCGAAGAGUACACUCAAGUGCAUCUUGCCACGCUCCAAGUCCGUGGCAGAGGUAAUUCUGACGCUGCGGGGUCGCCUCGCCUUGGACAGCUGCCAGUCGUUAUUUCUCUCCGUUGGGGAGAAUGACGUGCUCGUGCCUGGAAAUUCGCUUCUCGGCGACCUCUACGAGCGCUACCGCAACCCCGACGGUUUCCUGUACCUUGGCUACUUGCUGGAAAACACCUUCGGGUGA